AUGGCGUUCUCCGAUCAGAAUCUUUGUGCGGCUGUUCGUCCUCCAACAGGGCUGUCUUAUUUCACCGCAUCCUUCUCAGCAUUUCUGUGUCUUCUAACCAUUCCUGGAAAUUUUCUCGUCUGUCUAGCCAUCAUAAAAGAUCCGUUUAGGAACCUAAAAACACCUUUCAACUACUUCUUGCUGAGUUUGGCCGGGACAGAUUUGCUGGUGGGGUUAGUCAUGGAUCCUGUUUCGGUCGUAUACCACAUCAGCGAGGCCCUACAAUUGACAAUAGUAUCUAUCAAAAUUCUACAUAUUUUUUACUUUAUCCUGAGUACCGCUUCAAUCUUGACGCUCGCAGCGCUUACGGCAGACAGAUAUUUCGCUGUAGCUUCACCCGUAAAAUACAAGACCAUGGUUACCUCAAAGCGUGCGAUAAAUACGUCGGUGACGAUUUGGAUAGCCUCGUUGGCCUUCUCUUUUAUCUACUUAAAAAUCGGAUUCAUCUUUUACUCUCUUAUUUUUGCCAACACCGCUGUGAUCAGUACGUUUGCUGUUCUGAUCUUCGUACACAUUGGAAUAAUCAGACGCUUAAGAGCGCGGUCCAAAUACUGGCGAAAUAGAAGACUCAUCGAAGACUCGGAAUAUGGCAAGCAAAAAAAUCAAAACAACAUUAUAACGUCCAAAAAGGAGAGCAAAGCAGCGAAGACAUUGAUGAUUGUUCUUCUUGUGUUUUUUGCCUCGUUUACGCCUGCCUGUGUCAUGAUUUACUUGCUAAAUUUUUGUUCCAGCUGUAGUUGUUUAUCAAUACAUUGGUUACGUGAUUUACAGUUCCUUAUCGUCUUGUGCAACUCGGGUGUUAACCCCUAUCUGUACGCCUGGAGAAUUCCCCAGUUUAAAAAGAGCCUUUUUAAAAUUUCUCCAACUGCAACAGAACAGAAAGAAAGUGUCUGA